UCAUCAUGUUCACGCUUUCUGAACUCGUAGCCCUCCUCUGCUUCUUUUCCGCCACGGCGUCUGGCUAUUUUGUCAGCAUAGACGCUCAUGCGGAAGAAUGCUUUUUCGAGCAGGUCACGUCGGGUACCAAGAUGGGCCUUAUUUUUGAGGUUGCUGAGGGAGGAUUUCUGGACAUCGACGUAGAGAUUACAGGUCCAGACAACAAAGGCAUACAUAAAGGAGACCGAGAGUCCAGUGGAAAGUACACCUUUGCUGCCCACAUGGAUGGAACGUACAAAUUCUGCUUUAGCAAUAGGAUGUCCACAAUGACUCCUAAGAUUGUAAUGUUUACUAUUGAUAUAGGAGAAGCUCCUAAAGGUCAAGACAUGGAAACAGAAGGUAUUGGUGAAUCAUGGGAUGCACAUCAGAACAAGCUAGAAGAAAUGAUCAAUGAACUGGCUGUUGCUAUGACUGCUGUGAAGCAUGAACAGGAAUACAUGGAGGUGCGAGAGAGAAUACACAGAGCAAUUAACGACAACACAAACAGCAGAGUGGUGCUUUGGUCAUUUUUUGAAGCCCUUGUACUUGUUGCUAUGACACUGGGACAGAUCUAUUAUCUAAAGAGAUUUUUUGAAGUGCGACGAGUAGUUUAAGAAAAAGCAAAUUUUGUUUUUGCCUUUCCUUUGUUUUAUUGUCCUUGCUGAGAAGACACAGUUUUUGUGUUUUUUCAAACCACCAACUACAUGGUCACAAAUCUCUUAAGUUUAGUCUCUCAAAAAAAUGGAUUUUUAUUUUUUUUUUCUCCCUUUCAUUUUGCUUCUGAUCAUCUGUAGAAAGGGUAAACUGUAAAUAUACUUGCCAAGAAAAUGUGUUUUUUUUUUUUAUUUUAAUAAAAGGACAUUUAAGAGGGGAUUCUAACUUGCUGUACUGUGGUGCCCGUCCAAAAUGAGAAUAUAUAUAUAAGGUGUAACUCCUGCAAGCUGGCCUAUACAGUGACGUUUUAUGGAGGAAAGCAGAAAAACAAGUGUUCAUAAUUUAGAUUAAGAAAUGUAAUGAAAAGUAAUUUGGAACUAGGCAACUUUUUACAGUUUAAAUAAAAAGUUCCACCAACUGAACUUAUAUGUGGAAAAUGUGUAUUUUGUUUAAAAUAAUGUGACCAUGUGCAGUGAGCUGGACACAGACAAUAAAAGGUAUUUUUGUAAUCUUUUUUUCAGUCAAGACAUCCACAUUGUAAAACAUUGCUGGUUCCUUUCACACAGUAAUGGUAAACAUUUUUGCUAUUCUCUCUCCUGAAUCAUCUGGUAACCUACUACUACCUGAUGUAGUUGGUGAGAGGUGGCAUGUUGCAUCCAGACUAAGCGAGGGAAGCAUCCUCCAUUCUCAUAAAUGGGUCAAAGAACGAUGAGAAAUAAUCUUAUACCUCUGUCAUUAGCUAAUUCUACAUGAUUUCUAAAAGGCUUCAGUGGCCCAUAAAAUAAAAAACAAACUGGAGGUGUUUGCAGGAUACCUUCAGUUGAUCCAAUAUAAGUUAUCUUAACUUAUGCUUAAAGCCUUCUGUGGUCCAAUCAAAGGCUUAAUUAGCUAGAAACAAAUCUUUAAUUAUAGAGUGCUUAUAGAGCUACAUUUGUCUGCCUUGUCCACUGGAUUACAUUUUUAUUUGUAUGUGUUAAUUUUGUCGUACAUAAGUACUAGGGGCGAGUUUCAGUGCUAUAUGUUUAGGCCAUUUUGUGCAGUGUUUGGAUGAAGGAUAAUUACAGUUUUCUUGGGAUAUCUGGGAGACAUGAAUAGAAUUACCUUAUGGCAUCUUUUGCUUUGCUUUUGCAAUUUAUACUAGCACCUUUUGUCUUCAAUACUUUUUAUUCUUUUAUGUCAUGGAUUUGCCAUUUUUUGUGCAGAGCCAGGUUACCUUUCAUCCCUAUUUUUCAUUAAAUAGUGGGUCUUAAAAACAAAAAAAAAGGGGUUCCGGUGUGGGUGCAAAUCAAGAUUACAUAGUAAAUGAUGUAAGUGGGUUGUAUUUUUUUUUUCUUUUCUUUUUCUCUACACAGAAAACAUCCUUACCAGUAACAACUGUUUUGUACAAUUAAGUUAAGAAGUUUUCCUACUGGUUUUCAUGUAUAAAAGAACACUUUCAGCCUUGGGCACAGCCUAUAAAUGCAGCAGUCUUUAGAAGAAUAGAAUUCAUUUUUAAGACUGUUUGCAGCCAGUCAUUGUUUGAACAUCAGAUGUAAAUUGACUUUUAAGGUGUACAUUUUAAAGGAAGAUGCUUGUCUAAAUAUUACCCAAGUUCAAUGAAAAAUAAACACAUUCUAUAAAAAAAA